AUUGAUUGCUUCUGUAUUUUCUAUCCCCACAAGCAUCGCAUAGCAGCCAUAUAAAUAUAUAUAAAUAUAUAUAUAUACACAAGCACACACCUCCAUUCAUUCUUGUUCUCCAUCUUCUUUCAUCAAAAAUUAAUUUGGUAUCAACUGCACGUGUGUAGGCUGAGCCGAACACACGAGGGGGUUAGGUCCGGCCACACUAGCCAUGGAAACUACUAUUACUUCGUCGCCACCUCCAGCUGGUCUAACCCCAGAAGAGUAUGCGGAGCUGGAGUCGCUCAUUCGGACCCACCACAAGUUCGAGAAUUUGCCCAAUACAUGCACGUCUUUAAUAACGCAGAGAAUCGACACCCCGGUUGAUGCCGUUUGGGGUUACAUAAGGAGCUUCGACAACCCUCAGAAGUACAAGCACUUCAUCAAGAACUGCACCAUGACCGGUGACGGUGGUGUUGGAAGCAUAAGAGAGGUCACAGUCGUUUCGGGUCUGCCGGCGGCGACUAGCACCGAGAGGUUAGAGAUUUUGGACGAUGAGAAGCACAUACUGAGUUUCAGGGUCGUGGGAGGCGAGCACAGGCUGCACAAUUAUCGGUCUGUUACAUCGGUGAAUGAGUUUAACAAGGAAGGCAACGUGUAUACGAUCGUAUUGGAGUCGUAUAUCGUUGAUAUACCGGAGGGGAAUAGUGGGGAGGAUACUAAGAGUUUCAUAGAUACUGUUAUAAAAUUGAACCUUCAGAAGCUUGCGGAGAUGGCUGUGGCUCCUCUGCAUUGACAUGACACAUGAUUGAUUUUGGUGCUGCUGCUGGGUGCAUUGAAUUCCUGUUUGGAAACUUUUCAUUGUUUCUUGCAAGUUCGAUUUGACAGUUGGGAUUGGUUUUUUUUUUUUUUUUUUUUUUCUUCUUUUUGGGUUGUAUAUUUUGGUUUGGUUGGAUUGGUGGUUUUUAAUUAGUUAUAUGAAUUAAUGUUUCAUGGGCUUAUUAUAUUAAAAAUGUUUUAUCCCUUUCUUUCUUGAUUAAUAAGACUGAUAUAAAAAUGAGAGGAUUAAUGCUGGA